UGUAACGCAGCUGGUCUGCCCUGGGCGAGAGAGAGAGAGAGAGCGCGGGCGCGCGCACGCGCGCGAGACCGAGACAGAGACAGAGGAUGGGGAGGCAAGUUGUUGUUGUUGUAAUGUGAGAGUGAGCCUGCAGGGAAGUUGUUGAUCGGGAGCUCCCAUUUCGGUGUGGGAGGCCGCUACUCAGGGGCUUCAUUGUGGUUUGCCGUGCUAUUCCACCGUCGUUGCCCGUCUUGUUUGUUGCGAUUUCGAUCGAAGAUUACAGGAUUGGUGACCUGAGGCGGUGUUUGUUGUUGGAAGAUGGGGCCGUGAAGCCGGGAAUAGUGACGAGACCAGGGAGGUUUUGGUGGUGGCGGCGUCUUUGCCUGAUUAAAAGGCCGUUGACAUAAGCGCGAGAUCUGUAACUAGUGUGAUAGAGCACCCCCCGAGGUGUUUGGCUUGUUAUCAAGAAGACCAGUUGUGGUGCGGGGUCGUAGUUUGGUGGAAGCUUUCUCGUUAAUUAUAUUCCAAUUUCCCUCCGUGCUCUUGUUCUCGCUCAACGUGAACUUUUUGGAGCACUUGAUGCUAUUCUUGCGGUGACUUCCAUGAAACUGGUAACGGAAGUCUACAGAUUGCAUCGUUGUUGACGUGCGAGUAUCACAAGCCCUUGGAUGAGGAUCAUGUAGUUCACUUGCAGACGGAACAGCUGAAGUUCCCAGUGAUAAUCCUCAGAUAUUCACGAUUAUCUGUUAAAAAGAAGUCUCGCGAGGUUGUAUUCGAUAUCCUCAGCACUACUGGGCUGAUUCGGAAGGAAAAUCUUCCUCUGGUUUCUUUUCGAUAGUGCAUGGCAAAUGCUUUGCACUUGGAUUUUCCAGAGAGGCUUUAGAAGUUUCAACUGUGGCAUAACUUCCCACCGAAUGCACUUGCCGCUCGGGAACAGAGGAGCUAUAGUUCUGCACUCACCUCUUCCAAGACGAUAUCUCUAGUGGGACGUCAGCAAAGAUUCCCAUCAAAUGCGCUCCCGGAUAAUGUCAGAAAGGCGAGGGAGGCUAUUAUGAGCUUGAGAUACCGAAGAUGGUGCUCCUAUCGAGUGUGGAAGCUUACCAGCAAGAUCGGUUGGGGUUGUUAAAGAGGUCGGAGCCUUUGAGGGAGCCGACGGGGUUACGCAGUUGGAUUGACAUACCUCUUGGGCUUGAAGAUUACAGACACUGUGCCAGUACGUUUGCAUGCAACAAAGAUGACCAGAAUUUUGACAUGCGAGGGUUAUCCAGAAUUGGAUUUCCUAAUCCAACUAUCAACCUUGAAAUCCAAGGCAUUGGGGAUUUCUAUUCACAAGCUAGAUCUCCAGUGGCGUCUUAUUCUUCUGGCACGUCCAACGAUUGCAACUCUGCUGGUACAUCUACCGUGGACAGCACGGAAGAUGCGUCGUUGUCUUCAUAUUUAAUGGAUGGUAAUGUGCGGGCUAUGCUCAAGAAGGUUACUGUUAAUGAAGGCGUUCUCAACCAGACCAUUCAGAGUUUAGGAGGAGGAGAGAAGGGUCUGAAGGAGCUCAUGGCGUAUAUCAUGGCAUGGGUGAAGGAACAGAACGGUGAGAAUUGCGAUAAGCUAUUUCUGUCUCAGAAUUUGGAGAAGUUAAACCCGCCUCAGAUGAACCCCACCUUCGGAUUUGCUCCUAGUCUGGCCAACAAUAUCCCCACUUGUAACCUCACCUUAGGAACUGCAGCAUGUGAUCAAAGAAGCGACAAUUUGCGUCGCACAUUCGACACUGUUCAGUCUUCAGACGAUACACAAGAUUUGAACCAAGUCAUUCAGUGCAGCAAGUCACGCCGGUUGAUGGUUGAGGGCGAGGUUGACAGUAGUUAUCGCGCCGACGCUUAUCCUCGUCAGGGCACUUUCUUAAAUGCAAGGGGUAGUGUAUCGGAGGAUUUUCACUCUACUAAACUCGAAUCAAACAUGACAAACCCCAGCCCUAUUGAUGCCGUCGUGUUACAAGGAAUGUCUUCUGAGCUGGGUACUUUAACACAGCAGGCGCCUUGCUCACAGUUUGGUCUUUCCUUCAAUCCUGGACAGAAUGAAUUGAAUCGUACGUUGGCUGCAAGCACAAGGGCAGCGAGGAGGAACCGAUUAUCGCGGCAAAGACAAUCUGUGCAACAGAGUCACAGACGGUCACCAACUAGUGGAACUACAGUGACUUCAGGAGGAUGUGGCCUAUGGUCAGCCUCCCCUCCUGCAUUGGAUUUCAUGAACACGCGAUGGAAUCAUCCUGGGACACAGAUGCCACUCGGAGCUUCUGUCAAAAGCGAAAAGAAGGGUAAUACCACGGACAUGUUGACCUUUUUGCUUCAAAAGGAGCUUCGACCGAGUGAUGUCGGAAAUCUUGGACGCAUCAUCCUUCCUAAGAAAGAGGCGGAGGUUCACUUACCGAUUCUUGCCUUGAGAGAAGGCGUUUCCCUACUUAUGGAAGACUUUGACUCCGGAUAUUGUUGGAACAUUCGAUACAGGUUUUGGCCUAACAACAAGAGUCGGAUGUACUUGCUCGAGAAUACUGGAGAGUUCGUGAAGUCGCAUCACCUGAAAGAAGGGGAUCUCUUGAUUCUUUACAGGAACGAGCAGGGAAAUUAUGUUCUUAGGGGAAAGAAAAAGGUACCCUCUGAGACGAGGGUAGCAUAUGGUUCACAGCAUAGAACUGCACACAGCUUGGCUUGUAGGUUUUCCGAGGGGAUUCCCAACAAAAUUGAGGAGUCUUUCAAGGAUAGAGACUUUGGAGGUGGGUUGACAGAAACAGCUAGCGGUAAGUUAAAGAUUGAAGUGAAGGCAGAGCCGCUAGUUGUUCAACCAUCGACUGAUGGAGAUAAGUUUGAAGACGUGAUGUCGAACAUCGGUUCUUCCUUUGCGACCGAAGGACCACUUCAACCAUUGGAAAGGUUCCCGAGUUUGAAUCUCGAUUUCCCUCUUGAUGAAAUUAUGGCGGGUAUUCCGAAAGAGGAGGAUAAUGAUCUUACAAUUGAGCCACAUAUGGACUCUAAAGUGAAGACCGAGCCCGCAGGAUGAAUAUGAACAGCUUGGGUGUGGUGGUGGGUUAGAGUGCGAGAUGGAUCUAACUGGUAUUAUUUGUGCAUUGGCUGGGUUAGCACCACAGUUUAGCACCAUUUAUUUUCGCUUAUCCUGUACAUUAAGCCUUCAUUUUCUGUUACAGGGGUGGAUGUCCCAGCCUGAUUUCCGUCUUUCGGAGAACCAGAUCAAUGUCGAGCCUGCAGGAGGAUGCAAUUACAAAUUGUUUGCCAUGACGUCGAAUAUCUGGGAAUUCGAUGCGGUUGAUGUUGUUUUUGAGCUUUCGUCAAUGGCUGCUAUGUCUUGUAGAAAAAUUUCUCAGUUACCUAUGUCGUGACCUUGCUUUAUGAAUCACAGUUGAUUUAUUUUCUGCACUGGUUUUUGUUCUUCUAGCUCAUGCCGCUUCGUGUAUUGUUUACCUCCUAGUUACAUCUGCCAUUUUACAGCUCGUAGGUUCCGUGACGUUCCUCUUCACAGCCACUUUCUGUCUUUCUCAUCUUUAUGAGGGUAUAAAUUCCCAGUGGUUUUGUGAAAGUUGUGAACGUCUAGUACAACUCAUAAAUGAUCAAUGGUGGUUUGGAAUGGACAUAUUAGUUUUGAAUAAAUUGCGGUUGUGAA